ACGGAUCCAGCCUCAGCCACUGCAAAUGGCUUCACCCUGGAGGGCGAGGAUAAAAACUGACCUCUUCCUCACUGCCUUGGGCAUGCAGAUGUUUUGCUAACUGGGUAUUAGAAUGACUUCCUGAGCAAAAUAAGAGAGCAGAAAUUGGUCAAAUGUGCAUUUCAUGAUCACCUUCACACUUUGCAGCUCUCUCUGAUGGGACUCCAGAGCAGCACUUUUGGUCCCCUGCUCUGCCAGCAGAAGAAGAGGUUCCUGGGUGUGUGCCCGUGGUCUCCUCACACAGAGGAUGCCAGUGGAGAGCAAUGGUCUGCAGAGCUCCCCAGCCAACCACCAGCCCUGCCCAGCCCAGCCCGGGGGGGACACGGAGGGGACAGGGCUCAGCAGGACCUGCUUGAGCCAGGAUGACCCCAGCUCAGAGCUGCAGAGAGGAGCCAGCCUGCAUGAGGAGCAGAGGGCUGACCGUGCUUUCCGAGGCCAGGGAGCCUUGGCCAGGAUAGUCCGGCUGGUGCUGGUGCUCAGGGACUGGGCCAACAAGAGCCUGCAUGAGGAGCAGCAGAGGCCAGACCCCUUCCUGGAGCGUUUCCAGGGCCCUGAGCUCCUGACUGUGGCUGCAGGCGCUGAUGAUGACCUGGAGGAUGAGGAGACUGAGAAGUUAAAGAAAAAGAGGAAAUGGCAGUUCUUUGUGGUGGACCCUGCAGGGGACUGGUAUUACCACUGGCUGGCUGUGAUUGCAGUUCCUGUCCUCUACAACUGGUGCUUGCUCGUAGCCAGGGCUUGCUUCACUGACCUGCAAAAGACCUAUUUUGUGCUGUGGCUGGUGUUGGAUUACAUCUCAGAUGCUCUGUAUCUCGGGGACACUGUGAUCCGCCUGCACACAGGAUUCUUGGAACAGGGCCUCCUGGUUAAGGACCUGAAGAAGUUACGGGAUAACUACAUCCGCACGCUGCAGUUCAAGCUGGAUGUUCUCUCCAUCCUGCCCACAGACCUGGCCUAUUUUUUGGUGGGAUUGCACUGCCCUGAGCUGCGUUUCAACAGGCUGCUGCGCUUCUCCCGCAUGUUCGAGUUCUUCGACAGGACCGAGACCAGAACCAGCCACCCCAACAUCUUCCGCAUCUGCAACUUGGUUCUUUACAUCCUGGUCAUCAUCCACUGGAACGCCUGCAUCUACUACGCCAUCUCCAAGGCCAUAGGCUUCGGGGAGGACAGCUGGGUCUACCCCAAUGUCACAGACCCUGAGUAUGGUUAUCUGACUCGGGAGUACGUCUACUGCCUUUACUGGUCCACGCUGACCCUGACCACCAUCGGGGAGACGCCUCCCCCUGUGCGGGAUGAAGAGUACCUCUUCGUCAUCUUCGAUUUCCUCAUCGGCGUCCUCAUCUUUGCCACCAUCGUGGGCAACGUGGGCUCCAUGAUAUCCAACAUGAACGCCACCAGGGCGGAGUUCCAGGCCAGGAUCGACGCCGUCAAACACUACAUGCAGUUCCGUAAGGUGAGCAAGGACCUGGAAACCAAAGUCAUCAAGUGGUUCGACUACCUGUGGACCAACAAGAAGGCAGUAGAUGAACGGGAGGUCCUCAAGAACCUCCCUGAUAAGUUAAGGGCAGAGAUUGCCAUCAAUGUUCACCUGGAGACACUGAAGAAGGUGAGGAUUUUCCAGAACUGUGAGGCAGGGCUACUGGUGGAGCUGGUGCUGAAGCUUCGCCCCCAGGUGUUCAGCCCGGGGGAUUACGUGUGCCGGAAAGGGGACAUCGGCAAGGAGAUGUACAUCAUCAAGGAGGGCAAGCUGGCUGUGGUGGCCGAGGAUGGGAUGACACAGUAUGCUUUGCUCACGGCAGGGGGCUGCUUCGGUGAGAUCAGCAUCCUCAACAUCAAAGGCAGCAAAAUGGGCAACAGGCGCACAGCCAACAUCCGCAGCUUGGGCUACUCUGAUCUCUUCUGCCUGUCAAAGGAAGAUCUCAUGGAAGCAGUCACAGAGUACCCCGAUGCCAAAAGGAUCUUGGAGGAGCGUGGCAGGGAGAUCCUAAUCAAGGAAGGGCUGCUGGAUGAGUCAGCUGCAGAGGAAAGCACGGAAGGGAAGAGCAUGGAGGAGAGGCUGGACAGGGUGGCCCUGAACCUGGACACGCUGCACACCCGCUUUGGCCGGCUCCUGGCUGAGUACAAUGACGCCCAGAUGAAGCUCAAGCAGCGCAUCAGUGCUCUGGAGGCCAAGAUGAGGCAGGAGGAACUGGAGGAUUUCUUCUCUGAUAGCUCAGACAGUCUGUUUGAGGACGAGGGGAAAGCUUCACCUGGUGGGAUGCAGUGAGGGGGAGCAGAGUCAGCUGGAUGAUGUUUGACCUUGUGUUGAGGCAGUGCUUGCUGUUUCACAAGGCAGACCCUGUGGCUGCCUUGCCAGGGCCUUUUCUCAAGUCCUGCUGCUGGCACUGCCUGGAUGGCAGCCCCUGAGGUGGCUCCACAUCAGGGGAUUGUCCCAGCUCCUCCUCUGACCUGUCACUUUUUUCAUUGCCUUUUGGGAUCAGCAUUUAUAACUCGCUUCAGGAGUUAUAUCAAAUCUCAGCCCUCAGUGAGUGUCUGCAAACACUACCCAGUCUGCACCCAGAAACUCUUUACCCACAAAACUCAGCCAAGAAAGCCAAACGGUGCCUCUGACACCUGCAAACAGAGAGGCUUGUCUGGGUCACUGUCACUGCCCUGGCCACCACCGUGGCUGAGGCACUGAGCUGGCAGGGCGCUGCCUCCUGCCUGCCUCUCUCUGCUGUUAUUUGGUGCUGUCAGGGGGCACCUGCUGCAGGUGGUUUAGUGCCCUGAGCACUGCACCUUCCUGGGACAGCGUUCCCAAGCCUCCUGCUGUGGAAGCAGCGUGGUUCCCAUUUGGGCUGUGGCUGUCUCACAUGACAAGUGUGGUGCAGAGGUGCAGUGCUGGCAGUGCUGCGAGCAGGAGACAGACAGAGAGCGUCUCUCUUCUCUAUCUAAUGACUGCCACAUGUGCCGGGAGAGAUUUCACUGAAAUCACAUGUUUUUAAGGAACAAAGCCAUGGUGGGACCCAACUGUGCCCAUAUUUGCUUUGCUGUGGGUAGCUCAGAGAGAGUGCAGAAUACAUUUAUUUUCUUAGGCAGGGGGUUUUCUUGUACUCAGUGGGAGUUUUGGGGCUUUGCAGGCUGCAAAGUCCCCUGCCUUCUGGAGGAGAGAUGAGUGGCAGAGCCACAGGGACACGUGUGAGGGUGGAAACGUGGCACCACUGCGAGCGCCAGCAAAACUGUGCCGGGCUGUGCUGCAGCCCUGGGGGCUCUGGGGUGUGAGCAGCGUGAUGGGGAGGGGGAGA